GACUACUUUUUCUUCACUCCUCGUUCUUUUUAUUUCUUUUGAAAACCCAACAAAUUAGAAUUCGAAAAUAUUGGGGGAUCGAAACCCAAGAAAGAGGAAUAAUGGGUUACCUAUCCAAAGCUGCAGCUGCUGCUCUGUUUCUAACUCUGCUUCUGGUUUCCCACCAAACAAAAGCAGAGGAUUUCAAUUCCUUGUUCAUCAAUAACAAUGCUACAAACUCAGACCAAGUAGUAGCUAGAAACCUUGCAGGAGGUAAAUGCAACUGGUUCAGAGGUUCAUGGGUUUACGACGCUUCCCAUUAUUCUCCCUACGAUUCCAACUGUCCCUUCAUAGAUCCAGAGUUCAACUGUCAAAAGUAUGGCCGCCCCGAUAAAUCUUACCUCAAAUAUCGAUGGCAGCCCUUCUCUUGUUCACUGCCCAGGUUUAAUGGGUUGAAUAUGUUACAGCAAUGGAGGGGGAAGAAGAUUAUGUUUGUUGGUGAUUCACUGAGUUUGAACCAGUGGCAAUCCCUAACAUGUAUGCUUCAUUCUUGGGUUCCAAAUUCCAAGUACAUUUUCACCCCAUUAAGAAAUGGCAUAGCGUCGGUCACAUUCCAGGACUAUGGUGUUCAGAUACUAUUAUACCACACAACGUACCUUGUGGAUCUUGACAGCGAGCAGGUUGGAAGAGUCUUGAAGCUCGACUCCAUCAGGGGCGGUAACGCCUGGAAAGGCAUGGACGUCCUGAUCUUCGACACGUGGCAUUGGUGGACUCAUACCGGAAGAACCCAACCAUGGGACUAUAUACAAGAUGGGGGUAAAUUGUACAAGGAUAUGAACCGUCUGGUGGCUUUUUACAGAGGACUAACCACUUGGGGUAGAUGGGUUGAUCGGAAUGUUAAUCCUUCCAAAACCAAGGUCUUCUUCCAAGGCAUCUCUCCCAUUCAUUACGAGGGCAAGGAUUGGAGUCAACCAUCAAGGUCAUGCAAAGGUGAAACACAACCAUACUUAGGCAGAAGCUACCCAGCAGGGAUACCCCAAGCAUGGGUAGUUGUUAACAAAGUGUUGAGUAGGAUUAAGAAACCAGUUUAUCUUCUUGACAUUACAUCCCUGUCACAACUGCGUAAAGAAGCACACCCUUCUGUUUAUAGCGGCGAGCAUUCUGGCACAGACUGCAGCCAUUGGUGUCUUCCGGGGCUACCGGAUACUUGGAAUGACUUGCUAUAUGGGGCUCUAUUUGGUUGAAACUAAUCCUGCAGAGUUAAGCAAUGUUGUAUUUAAUUAGAGUCGUAUUCUUGAAACAAAAGGAUACUCAUUGUUUCAGAUGGUUAGAAAUUAGGCAUUGUUUAAUGUUCUUUGCAUUUCUCGUGCAUUUGAUAGCAAUAAGGGAGUUGGUGAUGCAAUUGUAUAUUUUCAUUCUUAUAUAUUGGCAGAGAGUUCAUUUGAAUUGUGGAAACCAGCCUUCAAAAUAAUUAGGAAAAGGCUUGUAGCCAAUAUGUUGUUUUAAA